AAGGCAGAUUGACGUCAUCAUUCGAUGCCGGAAGAGUGUAACAUGUGAGCGGCAGCAACCUCUACAGUCCUGAGUGUGCACACAGGUCCUCUCAGGUAUGGUGGAGAGAAAGACAGCGAUUUGAAAUGUAUAAAUAAGUAUUAUUUUAAGCGUUUUCAGAUUGAACUUACAGGUGCUGGUAGUUUUAUCCACCAGGUGACCUGUUUAUUAUGAACACGGUCCGUUUAAAGCUCAGGUCCUUCUCAUUCCUGGUCCUCGGAGGCAAAUCCGUCUCUGCUGCUCCUCCUGGCUGUGAUUCUCGUCCUCUUCAGUCUGUUCUUCAGUUUUUCAGAAAUAUGUCCUCCAGUAAUCAUAAAAAUGGAAACCUGGAAGUGAAGCAGCCUCCGGGUCUGAGGAAAGAGAAGCGGAAAGAGCCUCUAAGGAGGAUCAAGACUAAAGAGAACCGGGCCCGGAAAGGAGAGCACCAUGGACCGUCUACGGUGUACGUCCAGGUGAUCGGAGCGGGGAGCAGAGACAACGCUGCGUCACUCUACGUCUUCUCCGAGUUUAACAGGUAAGACCUCAGGAGUCAUGGAAGAGUCGUUCAGCGUUUUUGGACACCAGGAACUUUUGAGAACACCCCUAAAACUCCCUACUCAAGGGUUAGUCCUUCAGAAAGGUCAAUGAAUUUCUGGGUGCAGGUCCUUGCUUGGCUCCUCCCCUCAAACAGCUUUCAGUUUUGCUUCAUCUAGUCCACAGAUUGAUGUGCACUAGAGCUUGGAUGUUGAGGAUGCUGCUAAAGGUCAUUGUGGACUGCCUUAAAGGGAUAUUCCGGCGUAAAAUUAAGUCAGGGUCAAACACACCGUAACACCUCCUCAAGAGAUGAAUGUUGUUGACCGCUUGCUUCUCUAGUUACACCAACUUCAGUAACGACCGCACCAUAGCAAUACAGAGAGCCAUGCGCUCAACCAAAACGCCACUCUAUAGCCACAAAUAAUGCUCAGAACAGCACCUCACUUCAUCAACAGUACAUAUAGAGUCCCAGCCAUAGCACUAGUCACCAAACAUCUUUUUAGCUUUGCCUAAUUUCUUUAGCAAAGAGACUAAACACAACUCACCCACUCUCUUCCAGUCGUUGCUUGUGUGAAAGAUAAAUCGAGGGGAGAAGAAGAUUCUUCUACAGGUUUUACAAGCAUGUUCUGGUCCCUGAAACACCAGAAAUUUUGAGACUGUGUCCAGCCUAGGAUAUAUGAAUGACACAAACAGAUUCAAAACAAAACUUUGUUAUAAUUUUCCAGGAUGAAUCACAAAAAUCAAAACUUCAAUCAGAAAAAAGGUCAAAAUCACACCUCAGUGAUUGUUUCCUGCAGUCAUGUUGAUAAAAUGUGUUCUAAUAUUGUUCCUCUGUGUUGCAGGUAUCUGUUUAACUGCGGGGAAGGAACUCAGAGACUCAUGCAGGAACAUAAGUACGCUGAUUAAAAAAUCUGCUUCUUCAUGUUUUUACUGUCCUGGAUUGGUUGGAACAGAGAAAGAGCCUGUUUUUUAACAUUCUUGUGUUUUUCACUGACAGGCUAAGAGCUUCUCGCUUGGACAACAUCUUCCUGACCAGACUGAGCUGGGAGAACGUGGGAGGUUUGUCAGGUCAGAGAAGUUUCAAACGAUAAAUAUAAACGUACAUAUAUAACAUAAAACCAUGUUAAAAAGUUAAAAAGCUCAAAUAAACACAAGAAGAAAUCGUCCAAUGUUCUUUUUUUUUCAAAUUUAAAGCCAGGUUAGGUCUUCAAUUAACUUUUAACACAGACAGAGUUGUAGAGUUUAGGGGCAUAAAAACAGAAACCUUUUUUUUUUGUGUGUUUGUGUGGGACACGCUAGGAACAUUUAAAAAGAAGCAUUCAGGAAGCUCAGAGAUCUGACUGGAAAUUAAAAUGACGGCAGCUCUGUGAUGUGGAGAAGCAACAGCUUUAAAAACAAGUUUAAAAAAAGACGUGAAAUCAAUUCUAAGAGAAACAGAGAGCCGGUGUAGGGACUGAAGAUGUGGGGCAAGAUGAUCAGCUUUUAACUUAGCUUUGCUUUUGACCGGGAUGAUGAUUUUUAAGUGUUAUUUUGUCAUAAUGAGUUGUUUUAUCUCAGUGUGUGUUUAAAAUGUUCUUAUACAGGGAUGAUUUUAACCCUGAAGGACACCGGUGUCCCAGAGUGUGUCCUCUCUGGACCUCCUCAGCUGGUGAGACAGAAUGAACAUUGUGUCUUUCCAUAUUAUCAAAGCUACUUUAUCAAUAAAUAUCAUAUUAACGUGUGCAGGGAGAUUUGAUUGCUGUAUUUGUUCACUCUUUUCUUCUUCUAUUCUCUUUGUCUUUGUAGGAGAGCUAUCUGAAUGCCAUCAAGUCUUUUUCUGGACCUCUGGAGGACAUCAGACUAUGUAUGAAGAGUUUUACAAACAGAAUAAAUCUUUGUAACGUGCAUAGUCUCGUGUGUUUUUAAUGUUUGAUUCAUUUCCAGCUGUCAGACCAUACACUGACGACACGUACACUGACGACACAAUGACAGUUUAUCAAGUUCCCAUAUUUGGUGAGAUCUUUCUCUUAGUCCUGUAGAAGUUGUUUCUUUUUACAAAGAUGUCUUACAGUGUUUUAAUCAAUAGUUAUUCUCCUCUGUAGCAAAGCUGAAAGCUGACGGCAGGAAACUCUCCCCCCAAUCGGGCAGAAGCAGCCCGCCUCAGAGUCCACCAUCACCCAGAGUAGAUGAAAACAGUCAGAGGCACGGCCCGGGUAGACCAGGUGAGUCUUAGAGCUCUAAACUGAACAAAACAAAGAGAUAGUCACAGUUAUUCAGGUGUAUGCAUGAGGAUAAUAAGAGCUCCAUGCAGAAGGGAUUAAAGUGAAUAAAUCACAACAAAUCGGCACUAACAGACAUUGUUUUGUUGCGAUUUUAGGUGAGAGAGCGGUGUCCAGAGAUCCUUCGUUGGUCGUUUCUUUCGUGUGUAAGGUAAAAAGACUUCAAACAUGUUUUUCCUCUUUGGUUUCGACACACACGUGAGAGAAAUUUGUGUGUCUGACUUACUCCUACACUUUCAGCUUCACCCAAAGAAAGGAAACUUCCUAGUGCCGCAGGCCAAAGAGCUCGGUCUGCCUGUGUGAGUAAAUUUUAAAUUAAGAUCAAGAUUAAGAAACAGAUUUUGGUGUUUUGAAAAUGAUGUAAAGCCUUUACUUCAAAUCGUACGUUAAAACUGAGAGAUGUUGUUUUAUGUUUGAAGUAACAUAUGUAACACUCCGGACACUCCUGAUUAAGUCUCGUCUUGUUUUCCCUCAGAGGAACGAAAGAGAUCGGUCCACUUGUAGCAGCUUUGAAGGAAGGGAAGACCAUCACGUAUGAAGGAAAAGAGGUAAAACAGAAAACGUUCUCUGUCUUAUAUGAGCGCCUUUUUUCAAGCUGCAGCUCUGAUCUGGAUCAGUAAAACCUCUUUUCGUGGUCCUGCAGAUUCGACCUGAGCAGGUUUGCGCUCCCACUUACCCCGGCCCGGUCUUCAUCAUCACUGAGUGUCCAUCUGAGGAGUUUGUUGAAGCUGUUUGCACCAAUCAGCAGCUCAGGAGGUGAUUAAGUCAUAUUUUUAAUUCAAAAAAACACUAAAAAAGGAAAAAAAACGGAACCUAAUCUGUGAUCUUCUUCAGGUUUCAAACAGGAGGAGCUGAAGACCCUGCAGUUCUAGUGGUCCACAUCACUCCAGAGUCUGUUUUAAAGUCAGACCAGUAUAAGAAGUGGAUGGAAAGGUUUGAUUCUGUCUCUUUGACCCAGACUCUACAGAGGUUUCUCCUGAUUUUAAAACACUCUAAACUGAGUUUUCGUUCUCUCUGCAGGUUUCCUUCCUCCACUGAACACCUGAUCCUGAACGAACACGCCACAACAGUUCACAACAUCAGGAGCCACAAGCUUCAGGCUCAGCUGAACAUGAUCGACCCGGAGAUCUUUCCAGAGCUGCAGUCAUACAGAACAAAGGUAGCUCUGAUGAAAAGAGGAAAGAAAUCCUUUUGAGGGAAGUAAGGAAAGCUGGAAGAGUAGACUCAGGGCUGAGGUACAACUUCUCUUGUUACAGGAGAUUGAGUUUGCUGCCCUUUCAGGAGAUUUCUGUCAAAAGUAAAAUAUUCGCAGAUACUUCCAGCUCUCUGGUGAUCCCUUUUUAGAUACCUUCCUCCUUAACUUUCUCUUUUUAAAGCUGGAUUGAGAGACACUGUAUCAAAAACUGUUCUUUUGACUACAACAUGUGAACACUUUGGUCAAAGGUUGUAAAUAAUCUGCAUCAAACCAUCAUGCAUCAGAUGGAAACUGAUAAUCCUCUUUAUUUUUCUUCCCUGAUAUUUCUUUUGUUUUCUUUUAACAGCAACUAAAAGGAUACAACUGAUGGUCUGCAGAGCUUAAGGGAACAUAACAGAGUCACAAAACUGUUCAAAACACUAAAUUUCAAUAUUUAGAGUCAUUACAAUAAUCUUUAUGAAAGAUUUUGAUUUAACACAAAGAGUAGAGCUCAAGAGGUGAUCAAGGGUUGUUCAUGAGAAGCAGUUCUGAGGAGAUAUGAAGAACUUUCUCUCUGUGUUUAUGUUUUAUCCAGGAGCCCCAGGCCGCCCUGCACGUCCCUAACGUGCGCGCUGAGUGUUUGCUGAAGUUCCAGCUCAGACCUGUGAUGGAGUGGCAAAGGUUAGUUUGUCCCUCAGUCCGCCCAAUUUACCAAACAUUUCUCCGCAGCUCAGAGCGACGUCUCAUCUCAAAGAACAACCUGGAGCAGGUCGAUGCACUCAGACGCUUUCUUCUUCUUUCUUCUUAUUUAACCUCGUCUCAGAAGUGUCAAAGUUUUUUUUCCCCUUCUUUUUCUUUGGAGCUGCAGAAACCCAUCAGAGUCAGUCUGUUUUCCCCUGCCGGUGUCUUUAAAACGCAACCGUGUGUGUCUUUGAUUCGUUAGAGAUGCCAUCCCCACUUUCAACACAGACGAGUCUGUAAAGGAGGCGUCAGAGGUACCAAACUUUCUGCAGGAAGUGGAGGAGUGCAGGAGGAUCUGCUCGGCUCACGCCGCAGAGACUUCAGGUGAUUUUCCUCUGAAACACAGGAGGAGAUUUUUAGCUUUGAACAGAUGAAAGUAAGGCAGGGAAAGCUUAUUUCUAUGGCACAUUUCAGCAGCAAAGGCAUUUCAAAGUACUUCAUGCAAGAUGUUAAAAGCAUCGUGACAGAGGGAAAAAAAGCAAGGCAGAGAAAAAAAGGAAACAGUGUCAACUGAAGGUUAAAAGAUAAGACAGAAAAGAUCCACUACCUCAGUUUGUCUUUGUUCAGCUUAAGUACAUUGUUGGCACAUCUACUCAUUGCUUUGUUCAGUGCAUUUAUGCAGGAUUUGAAUGGGCCAUUAAUCCCUCAGGUACAUUGUAAUGUAGAUCUGUAUGUUGCCUGCAAUGUUAUCUUGUUAUAAGCCAGGAGGAGCUUGUAGAUUUUAAUCAGAAGAGGCCCCGAGACGGAGCCCAGGGGAACUCCACAUGCAAUUUUCAUCUUUUUAAAUAGGAAGUUUCCUUCAGACAAAGUUUACCAGACAGCCUUAUAAUAUAUUGACACAAAUUAAGUCUCAUGCAACAAUAUUGUAUAGGAUUUAUGAUUAUACUUUUUCAGCGGUUGAUUGUGUGUUGUUGUUUUUUUGUGGCAGGACAAACGGAAAAAUACCCUGAAGUGGUUUUCCUUGGGACUGGAUCAGCUCUUCCGAUGAAGAUCAGGAACGUCAGUGGCACUUUGAUAAACAUUAGGUACGAGUAAAUUGAGCCCUGAAACUCUUAAAACCAAACAUGAUAAUAACUGAUACUCUGUCAGCAUGAACUUUUUAGUCACAUGAAAACCUAAAUGAAAAUACAAAGUAGUAUUUUUGUUCAUUAACUGGUUAAAUAUGAUCGAUAUCUAAUUUCAUAGCAGUUUUUUAUCUUUACAACACAAGAGAUGGGGAUCAAAACCCACUUCUGAUAUGGACCCAGGGCCCCAUUUUUCAGACGUUUGAGCUAAUCAAUACCACUAUCAAGCCUCUUGGGUUGUACGAUAUUAUGUUAUAUAUUUGUAUAAGUCAUGUCAGUUAAAUCAAAUCAUCAUAGCGCAAGCAUUCGUCAACAAGUGUCAAGCAAACUGUUGUGAAAGUAUUUAUGUUGCAGUAUUUAUCAACUGUUUUAUUCUGUGAAAGUAAGUACUGUGUAUUUCCAUGGGGUGGCGCUAUGGCUCUAGAUGAUAAAUUGGCGUAUACUGCAGCUGUUCUCAGGAGUGGACCUUGAUCAUGAUUCAUGUGUAUGAAAUAUCUUUCUUUUGUUGGUAAAACUUCAUCGAUCCGGUUUCGUUUCUUCCUCAGCCCAUCUCAGUCCCUCAUGCUGGAUUGUGGAGAGGGGACGUUCGGUCAGCUUUGCAGACACUACGGGGAUGACGUGGACGAAGCUCUCUCCAAGAUCUCCACUGUCUUCAUCUCACACCUGCACGCUGAUCACCACACUGUGAGCCCAGUACACACCAUGAUUUAUCAACAAACUGUCUUAAUAUGACAGCUAAUGUUUAUGUUGAUGCUGUAGGGGCUGCUGAACCUGUUGUAUCAGAGGGAGAAAGCGCUGGUGAGUAACUUUAAGAACACACUGUUAAAGGGAUAAUAUCUCAAAAUGACAACAUACAUUUGAAUAAUCUGUUCUUGUUCUUCAGAGGACAUUAGGAAAGGCGUUCAGCCCCGUCUACCUGGUGGCUCCUACAACGUUAAUGACCUGGUUGAAUCACUAUCACUACGGCUGUGAGGAGAUCCUCCACCAUAUCAGGUACAAGGAUUUGUAUUUUUAACUCCACCAAGGCGGUUAUGUUUUCGGUAGCGUUGGAAUUUUCAAUGCUGAAAGAUGACCAAUGGGCGGCACAGUGGUGUGUAGACAGUGGUGUAGAUAGGUGGUACAGUGGUGUAGUGGUUAGCACUGUCGCCUCACAACCAGAAGGUCCUGGUGCUUUUCUAGUUCUGGUUUAACUCUUUCUACAAUUCAACCAAAUAUAAACAGAAGACUGAAUUUCCCUGUUUUCCUUUUGUGGUUUAGGCUUAUCCCGAACAGGAGCAUGUUGGAGGACGCUGAGGUUCCCCAGCCAAAUACUCAGUCCUUCGUCAAAGCUCUGUUGAAGAAGAACGAUCUGGAAAAGGUGACGAUACGCUCACAUCCUCAACAUAAGAGCCACUUUCAUUGAUAAUCCAUAUUAAUCCUUGAACUAUGUUUUGGUUGUGUUUAGUUCCCAGUGAAAACUUUAAAGUUAAAGUUAUUUCUUGUUUUCUGUUCCCUAGUUUCAGACAUGCUACGUGCGUCACUGUAAGAACGCCUUUGCCUGCAGCUUCACGCACCGCUCUGGCUGGAAACUGGCUUUCUCUGGUGACACCAUGCCCUGUGAUGCCUUUGCACACAUCGGUCAGUCCAUAUCUCAGUGAAUUAAGUCCACAUUUCACCCACGUGCCCACGCACACUGAAGCUAACGGCAAACAAAGAUGUGAGGUCAUCUCAGAGAGCCGUGACCACGCGUCUCGCUCUGAAUAAUUCAUCCGAUGUUUUCUGAAUGCCCUCCAUCACUCUCACAGCCUCUCCUAAUGGCUCCUCUGGGAUCUCUCUUCAUUGACUCUCCUUAGAUUGCUUGACUGGAUUCACUCCAACAAAUCCUCUCAGAGACACUCACUAACUCCCCCCCUCUGUUCGUUUUAGACGGCCCGCUGCAGCACCAACAGGGCGUGCCGCUCUUCGAUUACGCCGAUGACCGGCUUGAUCUCCUUUGAGAGAGGAAGAGGCUGGAAAUGUGGUUUAAGUUUCUGGUUUUUCCGGUUUAACUCUUUCAAACCUUUUCUUUUGCAGGAAAAGAUGCAACAGUGGUAAUCCAUGAGGCCACACUGGAAGACGGGCUGGAGGAGGAGGCAGUGGAGAAAAGACACAGGUGAGACAUGAGCAGUCACAUGCAGUCUAGGUCUCAGACAGUUCAGGGUCUCCUCUGUGUGUGUGUCAUGAUGCUCCAUCUUUUGAGUCUUGUGUAUUUUUAAUUCAGUGCUGCCUAAGGGGCCUUAAGAUAUGUACAUUUACAACUUUUUAACUGUUUUUUUUUUGUUCCUCUAACAACUUUCUAGACACAAUAAAAAUGUGAAAAUCUGGCCCACUUCAAGGAGCUUUUAAAAACAACUACCUGAACCUGUCAGUGACAAAAAGAGUAACUUUACGAGACUAAUCUGACUGGAGGCGUCUUUCCCAUUACAGCCUGUCUCCCUUCCGCAGGCUGAAACAAUCUGCUGAACUGUUGCUGAGGCUGUUUGUACUCUAAAACACAAAGGACCCGCAGUACCUUAAAAUAGGGCCAGGGAUUAAAAAGAACGGUUUUGUUUUACACAAACCGAUGAAAUGAAAGAGAAAAUAAAGGGAAAAUUGCAGCAGUUCAAGUCCCAUCAGCCAGCAGAAUAAACGCUCUUUAUUGGCUGUUUGUUGUUGCAGUUAUGUUUGAGUACAUUGUUAGGUUUCUUUACUGUCCUCCAGUGUUGACAUUGAUUUUUACUCCUUUUUACGGUGUCAGAGUGGGCAUCUGUCUCCGCAAAAAAACAUCCUUUAUGAGCGGAGAAAAUAGUCCUGCUGAAAGUUUCCCCUCUGAGAGCCGCACGGCGUAAAUAUCUCGCUUUCUUCUUUGUUUUAUUUUUCUCUUCUUCAGCACGACCUCCCAGGCCAUCGGGAUCGGCAUGAAGAUGAACGCCAACUUCAUCAUGCUGAAUCACUUCAGUCAACGCUAUGCUAAGAUCCCUCUGUUCAGUGAGGACUUCACAGACAGAGUGGGGAUUUCCUUCGACCACAUGAGAGUGAGUAACUGACUAAUGUGUUAUAAAGCCGAGUGUCGGGAAAGAAGAUAUGUUUUCUUGUUUUAAUGUUUAUUUCCUUCUGUAAGGAAAGUUGAAAGCACCACAGUCACACUUUUCACUUCAACCUGGAUAAAACUUCAUCCACCUGUGUAGGAGCAAUUUUUGUCUCGCUGCAAUACCAAUUUAUGCCAGCGGGUGGUGGGUGUGUUUUCUUUUUGUUAUAAAGGUGGGAACUUUGUGUGACUGGGCAGGUGUUGUGCCGUAGAAUGCACCCCUGCGUAGAAUGCACCCCCGACGGGAGCGCGGUUGAAAGUACUUAACAAGGCGAAAAUAAUCCAAGUUUUCCUUACUAUUGGACGAAUUCAUAAGCGCGUGCCAUUAAUAAUUUCAUUCAGGCUAUUCAGAUAAGUCGAAAAAAUAGCCCUCUGAUUCUGAAUAUUUGCUGUCCCGAAAAUAUAACGUUCGCUAGCUUGACAGCUUACUGUACAGUUUAUAUACCCAAGCACACCUCCGUAUGUGCAUUUUUGAGACACAUAAAAACAGAACAAAAGUUGUCACGAUCAAAUACUCGUAGUUUUUAAAAUAUGAGAUCAUUUUCUUCCACUUUAAGGAGCUAACGAGUGGAUGGAAUGCAGGGGAUGCGUUCUACGGCAGGGGUGCAUUUUACGGCACAACACCGGACGGAAGAGCGCUACAAGAUAUGCUUUGGCACCGCUAUCUCCGUUACCGAUAUAUUGCUGUGUUGUUGGACUUGAUCUUUCUACAAAAAUGUGAGAAAUAAAGGUCAUAUUAAGCGAACAAGGAGUGGACUUGAUUUCAUUGGACGUGCCAGUAAGUGUAGUCAGCGCGUUGUUAAGUUUAGCCUGUCCUGCAGCCCCUCAGCUGGGGCUUAGUCGCUACAACCUAAAUUAACUUAAGUAUUUUACACUCAAGUUGACUGUUAACUCUUCUUUCACCAGUAGUUGGGUCACCUAUUUACAGUCUUCCCCGCUCAAAGGAUGGAGUAAACUUUCUGUCGGGUGCAAAAUACAUCACAAUUUUCGUCUUCUUUCAGGUUCGCUUUAAGGACUUAAAAAUCCUCCCCUGCUUCACCCCACCGCUGAAAGCUCUGUUUGCUGUGGAAAUCGAAGGGAUGGAAGAGAGGAGAGAAAGACGAGAGCUGAGGCAGCCCAGAGGAGGAGAAGGAGGCUUCGAGGUGGCGAGUGAGGAGACAAGGAGUGCAGGAGCUAAAAGAGACCAGGAGGAGGCAGCAGGGCUGGAAGUCGAGGCAAAGAGGCUGAAAACCAGCUGAGACUCAGGAGAGAGGUUUGAUUUAAAAAGACUGAAAACUGAGGGAAACCUGAGUUAUUUUAUUUAAUAAACCUGAGAUUUUUAUUUUGCCUGCGUGGAUUUACAGAAAAUACUGAUGAUACACAAAACUGCAGUGUACAAAGAUGAGCCUGAAUGUGGUUUUUGGUUUGCAUUAAACAGAGCGAAGCAGUAACACUCAGA